AUGCCUAAUGAAUCUCUACCAGUGCCGGCAUCAAUUCGUCCUACAGCAUGUAGAAUGUUUAUCGGACCAACCUCGGCUAAUUGGGAAAAUGUCAAGAAAACUAGGCUGCCUCUUGGGCGAUGGCGGCAUAAUCACUUUUCAAAACGGUUAAGCUACAGAGCAGAUUGUGAGGUGGCUGAUACGUCUAAUCUUGACGUCUUUGAAUUCGCUGAACGACGAUCGUCGAGGUAUUCCAUUCACGAUUACAUUGAAUAUAGUAGAACUGUAAACCUAAUAAAGCAUUACAAGAUUGAUAUUUAUCUCACUCGUAUGAGUAAUUCUGAAACAUUUACCACUCCCAAUGAAGACAUUCAAUCAUUUCCAAUCACGCCACCUCAUUGGAAACAAACCUCACCUAAUGAUGAUUUGGGUUUUCCUUUAUCUCUACCUGACACUGGCACUUUACAAGAAAGAGAUCGUGUUGUCUCCCCGUCAUUGCCAACUGCUCCUAUUGCCUCAACCACCAACUUCCCACUUGCUGAGCAUCGUCCAACUGAUAUUUCCUCUGAACCAGUUGUACAUGGUUCUAGUUCAGUAACAUCAAACACAGUAUUAAAGAAGGGUCGUAUGCUAGUUAGGGUUGAGCACGUUCGUAAAGGAUUGAUCGAAGAGGGAUCGAAGAGAUGCACUGCAAGAUUCUCAAUGGGAUGGAAAGAAUAUAAGGUGGUUCUCUAUCGUGAAAAAUUGAAUAUAUGCAUAGGUCAAGGUAUUGUAAUAGAAGAAUUUAAUUUCUCGGAGGACGUGCGCUUGUCAUUGUAUUCCUCUUUAGAUUAUACGAUAGCCUUAAGAAGACUCAGCCAGCACGACGAUGAAAUCUUUCUUCUUCGUAGUGGGACCUACACGAAUAAUUUUGAAUGGUAUCGUGAACUUCACCGUCUUUUCAAACGACGUUGUGUAAAACCAUUGCCACUUAUGUGCGACGUUUUUGUUCCUGAUCUGGAUGUACAUGUGCGAAUUCCUGUGGAUGAAUACGAUGAUGCGUAUGAAAUGACUGCAGAAAAGGUUAAGAACACUGCAUUGCAGCAGUUACGAGUUGUUCAAGAGUGGGGUGAGAUUUUGGAUGAAUGGCUUAGAAGUGAUCAGGUUGCCUUGUGCUGGAAGAAAUACGAUCGAUUGGAGUGGAUUCGUUCAAAUAAUUCAAGCGAUACAAAUAGCAAGGGCUUUAUAGUUGGUCCUCAAUAUAUUGAAGAGACACAUAACCUACAGUUGCGACACAUUGCGCAUUAUCCUAUUGACGUAAUGCUGAAAGAUGGAAGUAAAAUGAAUGAACCAGCAGCGGUUGAAGGUUUUUUGACGGUCUUAACAAAUGGCAAAGGAAAGAAUAAACGUGGUAGAAGGUUAUAUUUUACUGGUCACGAUAAUUUUCUUUUCUACACAAAACAAAAAUUUGUCAAGGAACCGCCUUCUCCAGUCACCACUAUAAUGAAUGCAACCACCGAACCUCGAUGCCAAUCGGAUGAAAGAAGUGAUCGUGAGAGACGCAUCCAUCACAUCAAAUAUUCGUUAGGUUUCAUUGAUUUAACAGAAGUAGCAGAUGUUGAGUUAUCACAAGGUGUCCGUAGUAAUUUGUCCAAUCCAAUAGAGGAACAACCGUCAUCUGACAUAAAUUCAAAAAUAAUGCAGUUGGUGCUAAAGAAUGGAUUAGCCGUUAUUUUGGAGGCUCAUUCAUCAGAUACAACCAAAGAGUGGGUAUCACGUCUCUGUGAUCUUGUGAAAUAUUGGCAAGCUCGGAGAGCGGCUGAUACGAAAGACCGAAUAUUUACUGCUAAGGCCAAUAAUCAGUCCAUACGUUAUGGAGAUGGAGAUGAUAGUAGAUUUUGGACUGAGGAUGUCCAUGAUAAAGUAGCGCACAUUCACGCUUUUGCUAACCCAUAUGUUUGGAACAUGUGUGUCCCGAAUGGUUGUCGGGACAUAACAAAAUCGGGUGUCCUCUAUUGUCGGUCUCACUCUCGAUAUACCUUUGAAAAAUUCCAUUUCAUACUUGCCUGGAAUAAUCUUUUGUAUUACGACCUUUAUAGUCGAAAUACAUCAGGGCGUGCUAUUCCCUGCACUCGCCAUAAGCGUAGAGGAAUCAUAAGGUUACAUGAUUGUUAUGCAUACUCUGGGAGUAUAGAUAAUGAUCUUGAUAGUAGCUCUGAGCUGCCAUGUAUCUACAGUGAUCAAACAUUUUCCAUUGAUGAAGAAGAUGACUGCACAUUUAUCAUCUGGAAAAAUACAAAGAGAUAUUAUUUUGGAAAAGGGCGUUCGUCUGUCUCGUUGAAAAAGAAAGCCAAAUUGGAUUCUUUUGGUAAAAGAUGGAUCUUUAGAGCGAAGAAUCGGGCGGAAUGCGAAGAAUGGGUAUAUGCCCUGAACAUUGAAAUCGAGAGAGCUCGGGAUAGCAUUAAAAGUCAAAGAAAUAGCACGAAAUAA